AAGUCGAGUGCAAAGCGGUGGUACGAAAAAAACGAAUGCUCACUGCGAGCCAAAAGCAAAGCUACUCAUAUAUCUAUCUCUGUAGUGCCUCAAAUUCCGGCGACAUUCACGCCGGAACGUGGGAUUCCGACGAGUGCUCCUCUUUAAACGUUGUCUCUUACUUCACCUACUCAUAUCCGCUGCUGUAUAAUACUGGUUUUCACUUGGAAUAAAUUUGAAGAGAUUGUGCAUUGUUUCGCUGCUCACAUUGUUCGAAUUUCCUGCUUCGAAAUUCACUCCGACAAUUUUAGGAGUCUCGGCGGUGCUUUCUGCUGCAGUUCCGCUUUGUUGUACUAUCUGCAAUAUCACUUUCCGAAGGGAGGUUCCUUUCGUGGAUGAUGGUUGCAAAUUUGAAAAGUACCUAAUAUUUCUCUUUGCUCCUUUUACCAAAUGAUAUUCAUCACACUGGCAGAAACUGUGAGUUCGAGAAAACACAUCCUGAAUGCUUGGCAAGAAACGAUUAACCUCUUUAAGAUGGACAUGGAAGUAUCUGCAUAUAGACUGCUCAAUGAUAAACUACAUUGAUGAUGUGAUGCUUAAUUCCUCUGUUUUGUUUCUUUUAUUGGCCUAUCCCGUCGAGAUACUAUGAUUGGGUAGACUAAGCGUGGUGGUUUCAUUGCCAUUAGAUUAUAUAUUCUUCAUAAUUAAGCUAACAAACGGUGCUUUUGGGGAUAAAUUAUUCGUUUAUAUGAACAGCAUAAGAUAUAAUAUGAAGUUCUGAAUAAAUGGCCCUACAGAUUCUUGGCAUGUGAAGGUGUUUUUCACAUAACAGUUCUACUUAGUCCUGUAAAUGAGUUUCCGUCUUGAUGUUGCUAUUGGUAUGUGGUCCAUAUUAUCAUGGUUGUCCAGUGACAUUGUAGCAAUUUAUUUACAGUUUUGCAACUCUGUAGGAGCAGAUCAGAUGGAUAGAGGAUAAGCCCUUGUCAUCCGACCGAAGUAAGAGUGGGUGUCUCAGAGUUUAAGAACAGUUUUUCAAAGACAAAAUAUAAUACAGCACCUAUGGAAAUGCUCAGUGAAUAACACGGGUCCAUUCAAAUGGAGUCAACACAAGGUCCACCUAAUUUGGUUGCUAAAUUAAUGGGACUUGAAGCCCUUCCCCAGCAGGAACCUGACUCAGUUGUAUUUAGAAAUCAUUAUGGAGGUCAUUCUCGAAAUUGUUCGGAUGUCCCCAUGAGUUACUGGGAACAACAGGAUGAAUUCUUUCACUUCCUCGAUCCAAGUGGACAUAAAGCUGCUUGUAAAAUUCGGCAGCGGUCGCAGAAAUCAACUCAUGCGGCAAGAUAUAAGGAGACCAUAAAUGACAGAAAGAUGGGUCUUGUUCGUCAGAAUUUCAUUGAAGCAAAACGCCUUUCUGUGAAUGAAAGACUUCGUCAAUCUAAGCAGUUCCAAGAUGCAUUAGAAGUUCUGAGUUCCAAUAAAGACUUAUUCCUCAAAUGUCUGCAAGAACCACAUUCAAUGUUCCCUGAGAACCUUUACAGUCGGCAGUCUGAUUCCAAUCCUCCAGAGACGAAACGCAUCACUAUUCUUAGACCUUCAAAGAGAGCAGAGAAUAAUGAGUUUGUGGUGACUGGGAAUGAAGAUACAAAGAAAAUUAAGAAAGAAGCCUUUCUUCAGCUGAAUGGAUUGGAGAAAGUUCAAUCAGGAAGUUCUUCUCCUGAAAGUCUCAAGUAUUACGAAAAUCCCUCUCGACCAACACAAAUUGUAGUUUUAAAACCUACACGUAAGAAAGCAAGUGAUGAUAUGGCUGCGGCUUCUCCAUUUUCAGAACAACCAAUGAUGCUGCGAAGGGAAGACUUAUUUAGGUAUAUUGAAGAUGACGGAGAUCAAGAAUCAAGAGAAGUAGCAAAAGAAAUCGCUCAACGAAUGCAUGCCAAAUUUGGCCAGCAUUGCGAAGAUGAAAACUUGAUUUCGUCCGUACUACUGAAUGACUACAUAGGUGAUGGAAGUUCAUUUAAUAAAUUAGAACACGAUUAUGUUGGCGAUCAUCUCUGUCAUUCAGAAGCCAUGUCGCCUGUAUCUAGGGCCUCUGGGGAUUAUGUUGAUAGGCUUAGCCCUUACUCUACCUCCUCAUUGUCUAGGCCAUCUUAUUCUCCAGAAUCAUCAGUUUGCAGAGAAGCGAAGAAACGCCUUUCUGAAAGAUGGGCCAUGAUGGCAUCUAAUGAGAUUGCUCACGAACGAAGACAAUAUCAGAGAAGCUCCAGCACAUUAGGUGAAAUGCUCGCUUUAACUGAGACAAAGCCAUCGUCUUCUCAUGGGGAAGAAGGCAGUUCAAGCCAGGAAUCUAGGGACUCAGAUUUUCUCUUAGUUAGUCAAUGGAAAAGAGAAGAAGGAAUGGAUAAUUCAGCAAGAAAUCUGAUGAGGUCGAAAUCUGUUCCUGUAUCUGGUGGGUUUGGAACUAGGUUGAAUAUAGGCAGUUCAGUUUCAGGAGAGGAGAAAUCAGAAUCUUCUAAGGAAGAUACAAAAGUAAACAGUGCAAGAUCAUCACUCAAAGGAAAAGUUUCAAGUUUGUUUCUCUCAAGGGCCAAAAAAGCUGAUAAAGGAAUGUCUCUAGUGUCCCAUACCAAAGAUGGAUUUUACUUAUAUCCUGGAGACAUUGAUAGGACUGUUAGUCUUAGUGAAAAAGGGUCCAUUCAUGCUUCACCCCUGUUGGAACCAUCAAGAAAAGCAUCUUCCUCUAAACCGAUUUGCAUGAAGAUGAUGUCUCCUGAGAAUGGAUUGGUCACAGAGAAACUCAGUGCAUCUGGAAGCAUAGGCGAAAACCUGGACCAGCCAAGCCCAGUACCUGUCUUAGGUCCAUCAUUUGAGGAGGAUGAGUAUAUUCAAAAAUCAGCUUUGUAUUAUGCUAAGCCUGAACAACAAGGAGUGGGGUCCCCCCUCUUAUCUAUAGGAUCACAUCUUAUUGACAAAUCGCCACCUAUAGAAUCCAUUGCACGCAGCACUUCUUCAAACGAUCCCUUUGUAAAUACAGACUCUUCUCAUCUCGCCAAGAAAUUAACCACCAAAGAAACAGACGAAGAAGAACAAGAAUGUCUUUACUUUAUUAAGGCAUUAUUAGCUGAGGCUGGUCACCAAUGUGAGGCCUGUUCUACCUCAUGUUUGACAAGAUGUCACUCACUUCAAAGCCCAUUGGAUUUAUCUUUUAGAGGCAGCAAUUUUAAUUUUCAAGACGACAAGUAUUUGUCGGAUGCCAAGUUAAGGCAGAAGAGAGCAGUUCAACAACUUGUGUAUGAUUGUGUAAAUGCAGCUUUAGUUGAUGCUGGAUAUGACUCACACAUGAGCCAAGGAUUCAAUAGAUGCAUUAUCCCCAACUGUAUCAUAUUGGGAGGUGGUGCGUCAUUGACAAUGCUGGAUGAAGUGUGGAGCCAGAUGAAGGUAUGGUUUUCUAGUGAGGCGAGAGGUGCGCCGGAUGAUUGUGGGGAGAAUGACAGCUUGGUGGUGGAGAAGGUGAUCGGAAAGGAAAUAGAAGGCAAGGGGUGGAGCGGUUAUUUUAGGUCGGAGAUAGAUAAUUUAGGCAGGGAAAUCGAAGGAAGGUUGCUAGAAGAGCUAAUGCAGGAAGUGGUGGUUGAAUUGGCAGGUAGAGCGUGACAAGUCUUUUCAUUCAUUUAGUUAAUAGCUUGUUAUUAUGCUAUAAUGCUUAAAGACUCUUACCAUUCUUGUAAUAUGCUUUGACUAGAUAUAUUGAUUGUAGCUGUUAUAGGGCAUCAAAUGACAGGCAUGAGCAUCUGCUGUA